AUGUCUCAAUUUUUGACAGAGUUCUUCGUAUCAGGCUUCACCGUUAUCCUCCCCACUCUGAUAAGAGAGCUUGACAUCCCCCAGGCGUCCAGCGUAUGGCCUGCUACCGCAUUUUCCCUCGUCAUCGCCGGCACCCUACUUAUAUUCGGCCGCCUUGGUGAUAUAUGGGGAGGCUACCCUGUAUUCUUGUGGGGACUUUCAUGGCUUCUUAUCUGGAGUAUAAUCGCAGGGUUCAGCAUCAAUCCGCUGAUGCUAGAUUUGUGCCGGGCUCUGCAAGGGUUGGGAGCCGCUGCCUUCCUCCCUACAGGCGUCAUGCUUAUGGGCUCAAUCUAUCGGCCCGGACAGCGCAAGAAUCUCGUCUUCGCAAUAUAUGGUACCUCGGCAGUCUUCGGCUUCUUCGGUGGUAUUCUGGUCGCGGGUAUUGUUGGUCAGUUCCUGCGCUGGGGUUUUUACUUCUGGAUCGGAGCUAUCCUAACGGCCAUUACGCUGUUAACCUCGAUAUAUUCGAUCCCCAAUCAGAGGUCAGAGAAGCAGUCUCCAAGCAACAUCAAAAUGGACUACCCCGGCGCGAUUACCAUUGUGAUCGGACUUACACUUACCGUCUUCGCGAUUACCCAGUCCGCGCACGCUCCGUUGGGGUGGAAAACGCCAUACAUCCCCGUGUGCUUCACUGUGGGUAUACUCUCCCUCUUCGCCGCUGCCUACAUAGAGACGUACAUUGCCCCUGACCCCCUGCUACCCGCAUCAAUAUUCGCCACUCCCGCCAUGACACCUCUUCUCUUUGGUCUGUUUUUGCUCUACGGCACCUGGGGUAUUUUCUCCGUCUACGGAACACUCUACUUUCAAAACAUUAUGCUGGCCACUCCUCUUCAAGUUGUCGCGUGGUACACGCCCCUUGGGGUAGCGGGACUUCUUUUCAGUAUCCUCGAGGGUUACAUUCUCCACUUGGUCCCCGGGAGAGUUCUCCUAGUGAUUUCUGGCCUGGGCGCAGUCGGGUCACAACUGCUCCUUGCGCUUAUUCCGCUUCAGGAACGCAAUUACUGGAAAUGGAUAUUCCCGGCAACAAUCCUCAGCACCAUUGGGAUCGAUAUCUCUACCAUCUUGAUGACAGUCUUUGUUACUACCACCUUUCCCAUCUCACAACAAGGGUUGGCGGGGGGUGUGAUCAACUCUGUGUUACAGCUAGGUGUAGCAGUUUCUCUCGGGCUCACGGAUAUUAUACAGACGGCGACGGUUGAGGACAUGGGAUUAGGAAUGAGCUACAAAACCACUUUCUGGUUCGGCCUUGGUGCGGGAGCGUUGGGAUUGGUGGUGAUGGCAACGUGGGGAAGGGUGCCAAAGGCGACGAGCGACUUGACAGCGGAUGAGAAGAAGGAACUCAUGCGGGAGGCGACGGGGGAGUACCACGCACGGGACUUGGACGGAGGAUGUGUUGUGACGGGGGCAUGA